GCAGAACAACAACAUCAAACUCUUACAAGGUACUACACUGAGGGUGGGGUGGACUUUGAGCAUUUAAAGCACUGUCUGUGCCUCCCAGUCUCCUGAAAGAGCCCAGCUGAGGGUAUAAAAGUGCCGAGCUGACACUGAGAAAUCAGUCUCGUCUGAGUACUCGCCAAUACCAAGGAGAGAGCUUCAACGAGCCCAUCAUGGGGGACUCAAAGCUCUGCCUUUUGCUGCUCCUCAGCACAUCUGCCUUGGCUUUUGCCCAAGAUGACGAUCAGCCAACCUGUUUGCUGGCCCAAAGGUACAAGACCCUACACAAGUAUGAAUACCGAUAUGAAGCCGAAUCUUUGAAUGCCAUCAACGGAGCCUCACAGCUCAAAAACGGACCCAAAGGCGCUUGCACGGUUGAAAUUGAAGUACCUCAGACUUGUAGUUUCAUCGUCCGCACCACUGGCUGUAGCCUGAGUGAGGUGGUCGACAUGGAUGCAGAUGGCAACCCUGUGUUUGGUCCUUCACCAAACUCUGAUGCCUUUGCUGCUGAAAUGGAGAAGUAUCCUCUGAAGGUUGUGGUUGAGGGUGUUUACGAUGUGAAACUGUACCCUGAAGAUGGUGAGACAACAACCACUCUGAACAUCAAGAGGGGUAUCAUCUCUGCCCUCGCUGUGCCUCUGCUGGAAGAAGACAAGAACAAAUACAUGCCCACUAUCCAUGGCAAGUGCAAGACCUAUUCCACUGUCAACGCCAGAGAGGACAUUGCGACUGACAUCACCCUCAACAGGGACCUGUCUAGAUGUGAUGAAUUUAGACCAAUAAGAGAUCACACCAGCCCAAUGGCAAUUUUACCUGGCAUGCACUACCCUCUUGCCCAGCUGAUCAGAAGCUCCCAGACCUGCAACUACAAGUUUGACAAUGUCAACAAACAUAUGACCUCUGGAUCCUGCACUGAGAACCACAUCCUCAUUCCCUUCUCUCACAAAAAAGAAAAUGGAGUUACCAACGUUGGAAAGCAAGAACUGACCCUGGUUCAGGUCUCUCCUCACAAUGAUAGAGUCUUCGACCACAGUGAUAUUGUCAAGGGUCUUCACAUGGACAUUGUUGAGGACAGGAGCGCUGUCCAGGAUAAAGAUGCAGCUCUGAACCUCCUGAGAGAACUGGCCACUCUGCCCGAGACCGAGGGUGAGAGGAGGGCCAACCUCUUCCACAAGCUUGUCACCAUGGUCCGUGGAAUGAAGACUGAGACCCUGAGUCCCGCCAUUCCAGAGGCUCUUGCAGUGUCCCGUGUCCUGACCUACCAGGUUCUGGUCCAAUGUGGAACUCCUGAAUGCAGCAGUGCAAUCAUGCAGAUCCUCAGGACUUUCGACAGCUCCUCGCUCGAGGUUGAUGCCAGUGUUUUUGCUUUGGGACUCGUGUCAAAUCCCUCUGCCCUCUUGAUCAAUGACAUGCUUGAGAUGGCCAAAUACAAGCCCAGCAAGCCCAUCAUGUAUGCCCUGAGCAAUGUUGUCAAGAGGUUUUACAAAACUCAGGAAAAACUGAUCCCUGAGAUUUUCUCUGUUGCUGAGUUCAUGGCUGCCCAGUUGGGUGACUGUUCUGGUGACAAGGAAAACACUUUCAUGACACUGAGAGUUAUUGGCAACAUGGCUCCAGCUCUGGUAUCUGCUGGUCCCGCACUCAGAUCUGCUGUGAUCCAGUGUGUGAACCAACCUGCAGCUUCCCCAGCUGUGCAGCAGGCUGCCAUCCAAGUCUUCAGGCUGACUCCCGUCCCCGAGGAGGGCAGAGAGGUUCUCAUGCAAGUGCUUUUGGACAGCGCCAGCCCCAUGCAAAAGCGCAUUGCUGCCUAUCUGGUUCUUAUGAAGGACCCCAAACCCACUGAAUUGGCCCAGCUGGCUAAUGCCUUGCCCAAUGAGCAGGACAAACAAGUCAAGAGCUUUGUGAUCUCCCACAUUACCAACAUCUUGUCCUCAACUGAGCCAGAGACCCAAGAACUGAGACAGAAGAUUCGUGAUGCCCUGCAGGGUAAUGAGAUCGGACCCACCAUGGACCCCACCAAGUUCUCUCGCAACUACAGGCUUGGAUCUGUGGAGGGCAACAUGAUCUUUGAGGGAACCAGCUACCUGCCCAAAGAGGCCAUGCUUGACAUGACUCUGAGGGCAUUUGGCUAUGACAUCGACAUGAUGGAGAUUGGUAUGGAAGGAAAAGGAUUUGAGCCAACCAUUGAAGCCUUGUUUGGAAAGAAUGGCUUCUUCCCUGACACUGCCCUGAAGACAAUGUACUUUGUCUCCGACAACAUGCCACUCAAAGUCAAUGAGAUCCUGCAGAACAUCCUCCCUGCUCUGAAGAACAACAGGAUGAAGAGACAGGCUUCCCAGAACUUGAUGAGGGAGAUCGGACGCAACCUCAACAAACUGGUCAGGGAAAUGAAGACAGCAGAGUCCCCAGAGGCAAUGGUUUAUUUGAGGCUUUUGGGAAAUGAGCUGGGAUAUUUGAGGACCAACGAAAUGGAGGAGAUGGCAUACUCUGCUGCCAUGAUGAUUGACAGCAUGUUCAAGAUGUUCCCAACUGAUAUCAUGAAGGCACUGAUGACCAAGGCUGACAACACCAUCUUUGCCCACUACAUCUUCAUGGACAAUGAAUUCUUCCUGCCCACUGUCACUGGUGUGCCUCUGAGGAUUGCACUGUCUGGUACCUUCACCCCUGGCAUCAAGGGUGGACUUCAGAUUGCCCGUGAUAUGAGUGAGGUGACCGUCAUGCCUUCAGCUGGCAUUGAGUUUGUAACUCAGAUUGGCUCCCACAUCCCUGAAUAUGUCAACUCUGGAUUGGAGAUGCACACCACCUUAUUCCAUGAAAGUGGUCUCAGUGCCAAGAUCUCCAUGGAUCGUGACAAUGUCAAGCUGACCAUCCCUGCUCCAGUUAAUCCUAUCAAGCUCAUCAAAAUGACAAACACCCUGGUGGCAGUGACUGGAUCUGAGGUGAAGACCAUCCCCCCUAUGGUGAUGGACAAGGUUGAUGUCAGCGAGUGCACUCCCUUCUUCGCUGGAAUGAAAUACUGCACUGCUCUGCAGUACAUUGAUGCUUACUCUCAGGAGACCGCUCCCUACUUCCCCUUCACCGGAGACAGCAAAUUUGCUGUGGAGCUCCACCCCACUGGUGAAGUCACUGAAUACACAGCCACUCUUGCCUACGAGCUCCUCAAGGAGGGAGAAGAGGGCCGGCAGAAAGUUGACACUGUCAAGUUUGUUCUGAGGGCUGAAGGUGCAGCACCCACUGAAGCCAGAGCAAUCAUGAAAUAUAACAGAAGGAGGAAUGUCAUCACAGCUGACAUUGAGAUCCCUGACUACGAUGUGGAGGCUGGACUCAGACUGGGUGUUGUUGAUGGAAAUACCAAGGGCAAAGGAACUCACUCCAUCUCUCUUGACUUGAUAAACAAGAACGUCCCUCAGCUCUCUCUGGUUGGCCGUGCCAAUCUGAAAGCCAUGAAGGAAGGGAUGCUGCAAAUCCAACUCCUUGUCCCCUCAAUCAAUGCUGAUGCCACCGUCACAGCUAACAUGAAACGUGAUGAAGACUUGGAAUUGGAGCUUAAGAGUGAAAUCAAGGCCAUGACUGUCACCUCUGAGCAGAAAAUCACAAUGAAAUAUGAUGUCAGCAAGAUUGAGGUUGAGUUCAAGUCUGAUGUUAACACUGACACAUCCAGCUGGCCACAGGCUGAUAUGAUUGAUAUGUAUGGCAACCAGCUUCUUGACAUGCAGGUGGGAGAAACCGACAUGAAAAUGCGUCACAUCUUCAAGAAGUUUGGAGAGGCAGCAAACAACUACAUGGACAAGUAUGGCAUGGAUAUCCCUUACAUUCAGAACUUCAGAGUGCCUGAUAUGCCUGAGAUUUCCCUGCCAGAAAUACUGUUCCUGAAUACUGAGGCAAAGGCUGUCUACCACUUCAAUGAUGAGCGCUUCACUAUUGCUGUCCCUCUUCCUCUUGGAGGAAAGUCAACGGAGGAGCUUAACUUCCCACCAGCUUUAACCACACCCAGCUUGUCUCUUCCCCACUUCGGACUGGAGAUUGCCUCCAUGGAAAUUCCCAUCCCUGAGCUUGUUUUCCUUGAGAGCCUUACACUGUCCAUUCCUCUUUUUGGCAAAGCUGAAGUUUCAACUCAGAUGAAGAGUAACCUUUAUGACAUGGAGGCCUCAAUGGCCGCCGGCAAAGAUGUUGUGGAGACACCAAGCUACUCAGCUAAGUUUGAUGUGAAAGGAACCUCCCCACUCGACAUCCUCUCAAUAAAGAUUGAAGGCUCUGGAAUGGUGGCCACCACUGACUCCAUCAAGGCCCAGCUGAAAAGCUCUUUGACUCAUAAAUUCCUCGACGCCAGUAUUAGUAUUGUUGAGGAUGCAACCAUCACAGACAAAAUUAAUUUGAAAUCCAGCAGCAAGAUUGAAGCCACUAGCCCAUUUGGUCUCAAUAUUGCACUAGAGCACACUGGCAUGACUGGAAUCAACACUGAGGAAAUCUCUGCUGACAGCAACUUCGAGGGAAUGGUCAGGGCUGGACCCGUGUAUGGCAAGACCAUUUCAACCCAGUCGGUUUCCAUCUUCCCACCCAUGAGAGAAGCAAAGAUUGAUUCUAUUGUCAAGGUGGACUCAACCAUUGUAAAAGCCGAAAACACAAUUGCAGCAACUCUGGCCAAUGGAGAAUUCUCAGUUGUGUCAAACACCAAUGCCUUUGAAAACACCUUAUCCCAUGUUGCUGAGCUUUCCUUCAAAGACAGCAAGCUGUCUCUGAAAUGUGAUGCCAAUGCCCUCGCUCUUGGCAUGAAGAUCCGCAACCUGGCUGAAGCCUCUGCUGGUGCUGGUGAAGUUGUCAUGAGAAUAGAAACAAAUGCAGACCACUCUGAAAACCGUGUUUACUCUCUGCUGAGUGCCUCUCUUGAUGUCAAUGGUCUGGCUGUAAACAGCGAUGCCACAAUUAAGCUCCUUGAGAAUGAGGCCACUCACAAGGCUACUCUGAAAAUGAACAAGGACGGUUUGACCACAAGUGGUACAACCACCCUCCAGAGCCCCCUGUCCCUGGAAAACACUUUCAGUGCUGGGCUUGAUGCUUCACAGGCUACUCUAUCCAUUACCAACAAGGCUGCAGUGCGUGACAUCAAGAUUGAUAAUACCAACACUCUGACCAUUACUCUCUCUGGUCUUGACUUCAAGUCAAAGGCUGAAGCCACUGCCAGUAAGUAUGCCUCUUACGACCAUGAUAUCACCCUUGAUGUAAAACCCUACACUGCCACUGCAAAUGUCAAUAACAACCUGAAACUUCUGGCGGCUAACUUCAUUAAUGAGGCUCAGCUGCAGGCAGAGCUUUACAAGAUGGACCUGACUGGAAGCCUGAAAGCCAUUUAUGGUGAGGAAGAGAUCAAGCACACCUAUCAGGUCAAUUAUGCUGACAUGACAGCAAAUGCAAAGUGCAGCACAACAGGAAAACUCUUUGGAACUCACAUGAGCCACAACACCGAGCUUGAAGUUAUUGGUCUUGCUGCCAGGAUCACCAAUGAUGCGCGCUUCAACUCACAGCCAAUGCGCUUUGACCACACCAUUCGCUGCAGCAUUGUACCUUUUGAUUUCAACCUUGAUGCCAUUUUCAAUGCUGAUGGAGACAUGACCAUGUAUGGAAAGCACAGUGCCCAGCUCUAUGGCAAGUUCCUCCUGAGAGCCCAACCCCUGGCUUUUGCUAGCUCACAUGAAUACAGAGCAUCAGUAAACCAGCAGCUAGAUAAUGGUUUUGCCUUUGAGACCACUUUUGAUAACAAGAUGGAUACUGUUCUGUCACUGCAAGAGCAGAAGACCAGUUUAAGAAUGAAGUCUAAAAUGAAUGAGCAUGCCUUCAACCAGGACAUGAGUGUUUACAACACUGCUGAGAGAGCUGGAAUUGAGGUUUCUGGUACCAUCCUCACAAACAUGCUUAAUGUAGACUCCAUGGAAAGCCAAGAAUUCACCAUCUCUUCUUUCCUCAAGUAUGACAAGAACACAGAUUCUCAAAUAAUUCAGUUACCGCUCUUUGAAAAUCUGCCUGCCCUCUUGGAGAGCAUCAAGGGUGUUGUUGUGCGUGUUGCAGAGGCACUGCAAGGGUACAUUAACAAUGAGGAGGUUAGGGCUAAACUUGAGCGUCUUCCCCUGCUUGUAAGUGAAUUUCUUUCUCAAAUGAAUAUUGAGGAGAAGGCUGUUCAGCUGAAGCAGUAUUUCAGUGAUUUUGCUGAAGAAUAUUUCAUCUCCAUGGAGGAUGUGGAAGCCUCUUUGAGAAACCUGAAGGCUAUCGUUGAGAAACUGCUGGCUGAUGUCUCUUUUUACAUCCAAAACUUUGCUGUUACAAUGAAGGAGAUUAUUGUUAGUGGCAACCUCCCUGAAACCCUUAUUCAGAACAUCCAGGAACUGCUGAAUGCCAUUAACGAAGAGUAUGAUAUCAAGGCUAUGAUUGUGUAUGUGAUUGAUACCAUGAAAGACAUGAUCCAGCAGAUUGACCUGGAAAAACUGGAAGGCAGCAGUAUCGCAUUCUUGCGUGAUAUUGAUUCUAAGUAUGACAUCAUGGAGUCACUGCAGAAAAUCAUGGUUGAGGUCAGAAGAUUUAUUGAAAACUUUGACAUGCAGAAAAUGGUAUCUUACCUGAAGGAGAUCCUUUCAUCCAUCAACUUUAAAGCUCCCAUUGAUAUGCUAGUGAAUCAGAUUCCAACAGAGAUUUUCAGCGAUAUGACAGAUUUUAUUCAGCAAACAAUUCAGGACUUUGACAUUUUAGGUAAGAUCAACACAUUCUAUGCCAAACUAAGAGAGCUGAUUGUUAAGUUUGAGGCUGAUAAAAAGGUUCAGGCUGUCUUGGAGAAGGCUGUCGAUCUCAUCAAGCAGUUUAAAAUAGAGGACACUAUCAGGGCUGUGGCCAAGAUGGUGAAGGAUGCAGACAUCCCUACCAAAUUCGUGCAAGUCUUCCAAAGUGUUAUUGACUAUUUGAAAGCAACUGAGGUUAAGGAUAUGAUUAAAGACUUGAAUAUGUAUAUUGAAAUUCUUGUGGAAAAGGUGAAGCCAUUGAGUUAUAAUGACUUUGUGGAUACUGUCAAUCCAAUUAUUGCGGAGUACACAACUAUGGCAAAUGAGCUGAUCAGGACUCUUGAAAUCCCCCAGAAACUUGAAGCAACAAGAGGUUUUGUUAACCUUCUCUUGUCCUCUGUUAGCAGCUUUAUGGAAAGUCUGAGAGACAUCAAAGUUGCAGACAUGAUGAAAUCUGUAAAGGAUAUCUUUGAUGGGGUUGUGCUUGACAGCCUUAAGAGAUUUGCUGAGUAUAUAAAACAGGAAAUUACAAAUCUGGAUAUCCAGGCUGAGAUUACUUCUUAUCUGAACUUUGUGAGCAAAUGCUACAAAAUGGUCAUCUCCAAGAUCAGCAAUGCAUUCACCAAUUUGGUUGAGAUGAUUCCUGCACCAAAAAUUGUCAGCGAGAUUCAGCAGAUCAUUGAAGGGCUCAUUACUGAACUUAAGAAGGCUGAGUUGGGCAUGCCAUCCUUCACUGUUCCAUUCACUAAUCUUGUUGUGCCUUCAAUGAAAUUCAGUAUGGAUAAGCUUGAACAGUUUGAAAUUCCAACACAACUCGACAUCCCUGACAUUACCAUCCUGGGAACCUUCACUGUAACAGCCAAAUCAAUUUCAUUUGAUGACAUCAAGCAGAGAAUCAUUGAUCUUCUUGAUUUCAUUGUUAACUUUGAGAUUACCAUGCCUGAUGUGGAUGCUUUCUUUGGAGAGCUGACCAUGAACUACAUGCCUUCCAUGCCUGAGAUAACCCUCCCAGAAAUCUCCCUUCCUGAGAUCUCAUUCCCUGCCAUCCCACAAGUGCCUGUAGAAAAGCUUGUCAAGUCCCUUCAGCUUCCUGAGUUCUCACUGCCAACCAUUCCAGAUCAAAUCAUGGUCCCAUGCUUUGGUAAACUCUAUGGUGAGAUCAAAUUCCAAACUCCCAUCUACAUCGUCAAGACUUCUGCUGAGUUCCAGAACUCCACUGAGAGUGAAAUGACACCUCAAUUCACUGGAUUCCUUACUUCCCAGGGCACAUCUCCAAGGUUUGAGAUUCUUAAUUAUAAACUUGACGUGACUUCUCGUAUUGCAAUCCCAAAAAUGAGCCGCAUUGUCUUCGCAGAAACUCUUAAAUUGAACCAUCUUAAUUUUGGAGUUGAACAUCAGGCAUCUGUAACUCUUUAUGGACUCUCAGGCCAGGCCCAAGCCAAAACUACAGUUAAAGUCACCACUGCACCUUACACUGCUGACUUCAUGAACACAGGCUUUAUUGCAAUGGAGGAAGGAAUGUCUGCCUCUCUUGAUACAACAUACAAUCAUGUAUCUGACUUCCCAAUUUUUGAUGUCAAGAGCCAGGCAUCUGUAACCCAGAAAGUAAUUGCUCGCCAAGAUGGCUACACCCUCACCCUAACAGUUGACAAUACAGGCACUGGCAACGUAAAUGCUCAAGUAAGCACCCACAAGAGCAACUUGCAGCUGUCACUCACUCCCCGCAUUGCCACACUGACAUUCUCUGGUGACACAGACUCUCCCAUCUUAAAGAUGAAACAGCAAAUUACUGCUGAAUCAGGGCUCCUUACUUAUUUCAAGUUUAAUAUCCGCAGUGAGGCAGAUGGAGCUGUCAUUAAGAACAGUCUUGUUCAGGCAUCUGGACAUGCCAACCUUUAUGAUAUGAAAGCUGAGCUGAAAGCAAGCCAUGACACUGAGCUGUAUGGUGCAGUCACUGCAAUCCUGUCCAAUGGAAUCAACAUUGUAGUCCGUCCUUUUGAGUUCGUCUUCGAAUUCCAAAACAAAGGAAAUGCUAAGAUCAACAUUUUUGAAAGUCUGACUGCUAAGAUAGAUCUGCAGAAUGAUUACACAGCUGUCUUCAAACCUAACAGCCAACAGAUGAACACAGUCACUCUGGCUCGUCUUAAUCAGUACAAAAUCUUCUACAACCUUACUGUUGACAAUAAUGAAAAUGAGGCCGGCAUCUUUGUUGCCAUGGAUGGAGAGGCCAAUCUUGACUUCCUGACAUCCCCCAUCAGCAUUCCUGAGAUUGACCUGCCUUUUGUUGAUUUCAAAUCUCCAGCUAUCAGUGAUCUGAACUUGUAUGAGCAGACAGGAUUGAAGAAUAUUAUAACUACUACUGAUCAGUCCGUGGAUAUGGACGCCAAGAUUGUUUACAAGAAAAGCCAAGCUGCUCACCUUGUUGGUAUGAUGGGUCUGAUCCAGAUUCCCUCCGUGGGUAACCUGAUCACAGAGCUGUCUGUCAAGUCUGCCAUCAUUAAUCUGAAUGUCAAUGCUGGUUUGGGGUCACAGUGUGACAGGGGCUGGCGGGUGUGGGAGAUGAGGGCGUGUCAGCAGUCUUGGUGA